AUGAAGCUAGAUCCUGAAGUCAAACCUGCUAUUCGACCACCAAGAAGAAUCCCUGUGUCAAUGCAAGAUAAUGUCAAAACGGAGCUGGAAAGAAUGGUCAAAAUAGGCGUGAUAAAACCGGUCACCGAACCGACAAGUCGGGUGUCCUCUUUCGUAGCUGUAAAGAAGAAAGGAAAAGAUGAAAUCAGAUUAUGUAUCAACCCAAAAGAUCUCGAUCACCCAAUUCAACAACAGCAUUAUCCAAUGAGAACGAUCGAGGAGGUAGCGGCACGAAUUCCAAAUGCAAAUUUUUUCACAGUCCUCAAUGCCUCCAGUGGUUUUUGGCAGGCCCCUCCAGAUUACGAAUCAUCGCUGAAAACAACUCUCAACACUCCAUACAGUAGAUACCGUUUUUAUCGUCUACCCUUUGGCAUCAAGUCAGCAUCAGAAGGCGAUGGAUCAUCUUUUGGAAGGCUAUCCAUGUGAGGUCAUCGUGGAUGAUAUACUAGUUUGGGGAUCUACUGAAGCGGAGCACGAUAAAAAUCUCCUGAAAGUCCGAGAUAGAAUUCGAGAAAUCAACCUGAAGCUCAAGUGGGACAAAUGCAAAUUCAAGGUGAAGGAAGUUGGGUAUGUUGGUCACCUAACAGCAGAAGGAUUAAAGCCAGAUCCAGAAAAGGUUCGUGCAAUCGUAGAGAUGCAGACACCGAAAAAUGUGAAAGAUUUACAGCGAUUUCUGGGUAUGAUAUGCUACCUUUCUAUGUUUGUUCUAUGUUUGAGUGAACUUGCUUUACCACUGCAACACCUCUUGAAUGCAGAUGUACCUUGGACUUGGGAUAGCAUCCAUCAAAGAGCUUUUGACAACCUCGAAGCUGCGAUUGGUUCAACACCAACACCAAGUCUACUGUCAACGCAUGUAAGUGCCGGUCACGGCUGCACGAUUUUGUUGCUCCGACAAAAUUUUUUAUUUUUAUCAGUUUUAUUACUUAUCUACUUGCAAUUCUGUUCUAUUUGGUUGACUAAAGGUGUCCAAAGAUACAUCUGACUACUAGUAUGCUAUUUCUACGAUGCGUGGUGGUUUAUAUCUUGGUUCUUGUUGGACAUAUAUUCGUUUACAACGGGUGGGCUCACUGGCCCAUGAUUUUGUUGUAUAAUAUAUCGGACUCGAAGCAUAUUAGGAGCCGUGAUUCCCAGCAGGAGCUUGUGAAUAUGGUGGAAAACACUUAUAGACUAAGGGGAAGGCGUGGAGGAGUUAAAACAAAGUUGGAUUAAGCUAGGAAGAGGUAUAAUAUUCCUGUUCACUAUCCUCUGUGUACAAAAAGGUCCAAAUUUGAAUAUUCAAAUUCCAACACUAAAGGAGUUAACUUUUCGAAUCUAAUUAAAAUACCAAUCAGUAAGGACAAUAACAAUCAAACAGUACCCCCAUUUUGUCCCAAGAGUUAUGCUGUCUAAUGUAAUGUCCUUAAACACCCAAGCUUGACGAAGUGAGUGAAUUUCUUUUGCGGAAGAAAAUUGAUAUUGGCUUAAUAACUGAAACUUGGCUAAAGGAUCAUAUUAACAACUCCAUCGUUAAAAUAUCGGGUUAUAACAUUAUAAGGAAAGACCGUAGUAGUCACGAACACAGAGGGGUUUGUAUAUACCUCAAAGAUCAAAUUAAAUAUACCAUCCCUGAAAAUCUGCAGUGCUGUCGGGAACAUGAAGUUCUUUGGUUGAAAAUCCAUCUCAAUCGUACUCCACAUGGGUUUUCAUGUAUAAUAAUAGCAGUGGAAAACCGUCCCCCGGGAACCCGACGGCAAAUCAAUAUCUGAUCAUCUAUUUCAGAGUCUAUUAUUAGCUGAGUCUCACUAUCGUAAUUGUGGUAUUAUAGUCGCAGGUGAUUUUAAUAAGUUUGACGUCAGUUUUAUUCAAAGACAUUUUAAACUUAAACAAUUAGUUAAAGCACCUACAAGAGGUCAAGCAACUCUCGACUUAAUCCUCACCAACUAAGUGAAUUAUAUUCCCAGCCCGAAAUAACCUCUCCUUUUGGUCUUUCUGAUCACAAUACUGUAUGCCUCAUGAUCGUUGACAAAAACAGAACAGAGUUAUGCUCAAAUUUAAAAGGGGCCUUCUGACCGCAACAUUUGCGUGCAACAAGUUCCAUGGCUACAUUCUUGGAAAGAAUGUGACAGUUGAAUCCGAUCAUAAACCUUUGGAGAUAAUUAUGAAGAAACCUCUUUUUUGACGGCUCCAAUGUGGUUACAAUGAAUGAUGCUACAGCUACAGCGAUACGAUUUGUCGCUAGUUUACAAGAAAGGGUAGGGUCCCAGUUAUUUAUAGCAGAAAUACGUUGUCUUGUGCGCAGUUAAGUGAAACUUUGCCUGCAGAUAUUUAUGAAGUAUUGAUGGUGCAGCCAGUUGGAUCACACAAGAUGGCUGAAUUACAACGAGAAACAGCUUUGGAUCCUAUAAUGGUCAAUUUGGUGUCUGUCAUGGAUGGCCAGAAAGUGAGAGUGAUGUUUCCAACAAUUUGA